AUGAUCGCCAUCAAAUUGAGCCAAACAUGGCAGGAGGUUCCCAUAACCAAUCAGAUCCAUCCGGUCCGUGGAUCGUUUCGUCACACCGUCUCCAUCGUCCACAGCAUCGUCUUCGUCGUCGGGAGUAGUGUCAAAGACGACACCUGGACACUGUUUACAAUGGGCGAUCUUCCUUCAGAGCUAUGGACCGUUAUCGCACAGUUUCUGUCACCCGACGACAUUGCCGACUUGAUGUUCCUCAACCGCACGUUCUUGGACCUUGCUCUCGACGAGAAGUACAAGGAGCUGAAGAUGGAGAAGCUAAAUGUUCUCUUUUGCAACAAACUGUGGGCGCUUAAGAGCCCCGACUAUGCUCGUCGUGUCCGAACUGUGCAUCUCCAGCCACUACUAUUGCAUGAGCGGGAGAACGUUGAACAAAUCCGCCUUGCUCAGGGACCGCCAUCUUCAGAGUCACCUUCACCUUCGAGGAUCAAAACGUACGCGACGCGGUUAUACCACAGGUUCUUCGACAAGACGGGUAACCUAUUGGACCACUGGCAGGACGACGUUCCGGCCGCGGUCGAGAUCUCCCAGAUGCUUAUGGAGGUUAUACCUUUCAUGACCAACGUCAGGUCGUUCACGCUAAUGGAAGAGGGGGUCGUCAAGUUGUCUGCGCCUUAUAUUGACAUUGCUUGGCGAACGAUUGCCCCCCGACUCGAGGAACUCAGUCUAUGGAUUCACCCACGGCGAGUGGAGGACCUGCUGCCACUUGGUAUCUCUUUCCCCGUCCUUAAGAAACUGAGCAUCCAGUUUCCAUUUCAAGCACCAACGACCACAGCGGCGGCCACCAGCCUCCAAGCCCGAGCCGUCACCUCUUUCAUCAACCAAUUCCAGGACACCCUCCAGCACUUACACCUCGGGAGCUGCAACACAUGGGACGCUGCUCACCUUUACUCGCUCCUCGGCCGCUUCCCCCACCUGGCCAGCUUCGAAAUGAUCCCAUACAACUUCAACAACACAGAACCUGUUUUUGAAUUCAUGAAACGGCAUGCGGACGUUCUGCAGCAUCUCACAUACGUCUCUUGCCCUUCCAUUCAAGCGAACGGCCUCUCCGAGCUCACGCUUCAGAAGUUGACCAAAUUGACGCUGAAGCUGAACUAUAUACCCUACCCGGACGCAUGGUGGACGCAGCCUUCUCCCUUCCUCGAUUCUAUCGUCCCUACUUUGCGGUGUUUGCACAUCAAAGGGCCGCUGGUACCCGAUGAGUUGACGGGUCUUCUGACGUCGUUGACCCAGGGGGGCCAGACUUCCCCUCCCUUACAAGAGCUUUCGUUCUCGAUUAAUAGUUUAUCAGUCGAGACUCUGGCUAUGAUAUCCAUGAAACUGCCGAACCUCUUGAUUCUGGACCUUCGAAUUCAUGAUUUGAUCGCUCCAGGAGCGUAUCCCACUUCCCCAGGAGAGUUCUUUCCUUUCUCAGAGAAACCUACGACGCAUCUUUUCGAAGUCGAAGUAGGGCAAUCAAGUCCACUCGAACAACCCCACCCCUUCUCCGACCAACUGCGCGAAGCCUUUUCAACGAUCACUUGGACUCUCGAGGAUAUCACACUCAAGCGACAUUCGUGUUGUGGGGAACUCCUUCUGUGGGGUCUUAUGGUUCUUUGUGCGGAGUGCAUCCCGAGUAUACAGAGUUUUGCGAGGAGGGGGACGAGGAGGAUACCGAGCCCGGCGAAUCAGAAGCCGAGGGGAAGGGAUCUGAUGUGUUCGAGUGCGAUGUGUUGCUUUGGGAGGGAUGGGACAAAUGUUAGCAUGAGGAAGCAUUAUCCGCCGUAG